UUGGCGGACUGACUGCUCCGAGAGAAAGUUCCCUCCUUCGCCUCUCUUUACUGGAGCCAGAGAGCAUCUAUGUCCACCGCCGAGGCUGCUGCCUAGCGCGAGGAGGAGGAGAAGGAGUUAUCUUCUGGACUUCCUGGAUUUUCAUUUUGUGGAGGCCUUGCAUUGCCAUCUUAAAUCAUGGAUAUCGCUGGGUUUUUGAAGUCUCAGUUUAUUUUCCACCUUCUUAUCAGUUACAUAUUUAUUGCCUCGGGACUGAUAAUCAACUUCAUUCAGCUCUUCACUCUAAUUCUCUGGCCAUUCAACAAGCAACUUUUCAGGAAGGUCAACUGCAAGCUGGCUUACUGCCUUUCAAGCCAAUUGGUGAUGUUGCUUGAAUGGUGGUCAGGCACUACUUGCACCCUCUACACAGACCCACAGAAUUGCUGCAAGUACGGGAAAGAGAAUGCCAUCGUAAUCCUUAAUCACAAUUUUGAAAUCGACUUUCUCUGUGGUUGGAGCUUUUGUGAACGAUUUGGGGUUUUAGGGAGUUCGAAAGUACUUGCAAAGAAAGAACUUUCAUAUAUGCCAAUCAUUGGGUGGAUGUGGUAUUUUCUUGAAAUGGUUUUUUGUAAGCGCAAAUGGGAGGAGGAUCGAAAGACUGUGAUGCAAGGCCUGCUUAAUCUCCGAGACUAUCCUGAAAACUUCUGGUUUCUGAUUCACUGCGAAGGCACAAGAUUCACAGAGCAAAAACAUGAAAUCAGCAUGCAGGUGGCUGAAGCCAAAGGCCUCCCCAAGCUCAAGUACCAUCUCCUGCCACGGACAAAGGGAUUUGCUGUCACUGUCCAGUGUUUGAGAAAUGUAGUUUCAGCUGUGUAUGAUUCUACGCUGAACUUCAGGAAUAAUGAAAAUCCAACUUUGCUGGGAGUUUUAAAUGGGAAAAAAUACCAUGCAGAUUUAUAUGUCAGGCGAAUUCCAUUAGAGGAAGUCCCAGAAGAUGAGCAGGAAUGUUCUAAUUGGCUUCACAAGCUCUAUCAAGAAAAGGAUUCCUUUCAAGAGGAAUACUACAGAACAGGAGUCUACCCUGGCACUCCAAUAGUGCCACCUCGGCGGCCAUGGACUCUAUUCAACUGGCUUUUUUGGGCCUUAUUGCUGCUAUAUCCUUUGUUCAAGUUGCUCAUCAACAUGAUCAGCAGUGGAUCAUCACUUACACUUGCCACAUUUGGCUUUGUUUUUGUUGCAGCUUCAGUUGGUGUUCGGUGGAUGAUAGGAGUUACAGAAAUAAAUAAAGGUUCAACUUAUGGCAACCAUGGUCACAAGGGGAAACAAAAGUGAAAUCUCCAGAGACUGCUUCACACCCAAAGGGAACUCACAUGCCUGUUGGAAACUGUUGUGUGUAUCAUUCCCCUUCAAACACAAGUAUGAGGAAGACGGCCAUACAUUUGCUGAAAUCGUACCCUUCUUUCCCCUUUGCUCCCUCACUCCUGUGUGGGGUGUUAGUCAAUAUUAUGCCCAUGAUUCUAGCAUUUUUCCUAUCAGGUUUUCCACAGGAUCUCUCUCUUGAAAAUUAAGAAACAUAAAAUAUGCAAAGAGACAGUAUAACAAGGAAGGAUCCAAAGGAAUUAAUCUUUGGCUUAUCCCCUUACCCCAUUUCAGUGGAUUAAUAGUGUUGAAUAAAAUUUACUUUCGUACAAGAUGACUGAACUUGAUGUUUUGCAUGUAAGAACAUAUAUUCUUGGUGAAACAAAGUAAAGGCCUCUCUAGUCCACUAUCCUGUUUUCAGAGGCCCCACAAGUGCUUCUAGGAAGCCCAAGCACUUUCCUGCUUGUAUUCCUUACCAGAUGUUAGUGAGGAUCAUGCUCUCUUUGAUUUUGGGGAUAAAACACAGCCACCAUGACUAUUAGCUACUGAUAGCCUAAUGGCAAUUAUGUAUAUAUAUAAUUAAAGCUGUACAAGAUGGAAGGUAUUUCUAUAUCAUGUGGAAAUCAUUUCCAUAGAUGUGAAGUGGUAUAUCCUGCUGCUUGCCCUGAAUCUCCUAAUAUUCAAAUUCAUUGAAUGACCCCAGGCUCUAGUAGUAUGAAAGAGGGAUGAAAUUUUAAAUUCCAAUAUUUUUUGUGUUUUAAUUUUUAUUUUAAAAAGUCUCAUUUUUUAUUCACCACCACCACCACCCGGCAACCUAAAAAGUUCCAAAUCCUGGGAUCUUUCUU